AUGUCUUCCACCACGGCGAAACGGCCCGCUCCCGCUUCCAACACCAGCGAUGCCGGCGACGCCGCGGCCCAGGCCAAAAGGCGAAGAGUGUCGAGAGCCUGCGACACCUGCCGGAGCGCCAAGGACAAGUGCGACGGCGUGAAGCCGCGAUGCCAGCGAUGCGUGUCGAUGCAGCGGCAGUGCACGUACCUGAACCCGGAGAAGCGAAGGGGGAUUCGGACGGGCUACCUCCGCGCCAUCGAGGAAGACGGCGGCGGCAGGGACGGCUUCCUCGACAAGGACUCGCCCGCGUCCGAGGCGCUGCUGAAGCGGUGGCACCAGAGCGAAGUGUACCAGGGCAUCGACCGCCUCAUCUCGCGGGACGAGUCGACGCCGCGCAGCGACGGCGCCGACGGCGACAACCGGCCGAGCUCCGCACCCCGACUCCUCGAUUCCAACGGUAGGAGGGCGACCGAUUUCGGGAGCGACCUCGCCAAGUGGAGAUCAAGCUCCCUCCAGCUCGCGUCCCCCGUCGCGCAGCGCGGCGGCUUCGGUGAUAUUCAGCACCUCGAACUUCCAGCCAAGUCGAAGCAGUACCUCGAUGACUACUUCACCUGGGCGCACUGCUGGUUCCCCAUCGUCGAGCGUGAACCCCUCGCGCAGGUCGCGGCAUCGUACCCCGCCACCGGAUUCCGCAUCAAUCCGAGAGAUCGGUCGUAUUCCCGCCACGCGGAAUUAUGGAGCGCCAUGGCGGUCGGCGCCGCCCUCGAGUCUCGCCGGGGCAAGUCCUCGCCCACCAACGCAAAUGCAAACGCGGCCACGACGGGAGCGGCCGACCUCGCGCUGCGGGAGGCCGCAUGCAAAUGCCGGGCGAGACGCCUUCCCACCUAA